AUGGCCAUUUCAAGAAUGCUCCAAAUUAUCAUUGUCAUAUUUUUACACUACUUUUCAGCAUCAAUUCUAGCAGCAAACCCUACUUACAAUGUCUUUUCCUACGGUGCAAAAGCCGACGGAAAAUCCGACUGCACCAAGGCUUUUCAAGUUGCUUGGGACGCAGCUUGCGCCUCCGUGUCCCCGGCCACCAUAUAUGUGCCACAAGGAAGGUACAUUUUGGGAAAUGCGUAUUUCGACGGCAGCAAGUGCAAAAAUAAUGCCACAACCAUACAGAUUGAUGGGACUCUUUCAGCCCCAACGAAUUACAAUGUCAUUGGUAAUAGUGUCCAUUGGUUGAAAUUCAAAAGAGUCACCGGAGUUUCUAUCCGUGGCGGAACCCUAGAUGGUCAAGGCACCAAUUUGUGGGCCUGCAAAGCUUCCGGCAAGAAUUGUCCAAAAGGAGCAACGUCACUAGCAUUCCUCAACUCGGACAAAAUAAGCAUCAACGGAUUAACUUCCAUAAAUAGCCAAAUGUUCCACAUCGUCGUCCACGGCUGCCGCGACGCAGAACUCCAAAAUAUAAAAAUCUCCGCACCCGAUGAAAGCCCCAACACCGACGGAAUUCACAUCGGGCGGUCGUCGGGAGUUUCCAUCACCAACUCCCACAUCGCCACUGGCGACGACUGCAUCGCCGUGAGUCCCGGAACCUCCAACUUGUUCGUCCAAAACGUCGCAUGCGGCCCGGGCCACGGCAUAAGCAUUGGAAGUCUAGGGUGGGUAAUGGAUGAAGCAGGAGUGGAAAAUGUGACAGUGAAAUCGUGUGUUUUUAGUGGAACAGAAAAUGGUGUGAGAAUAAAGACAUGGGCAAGGCCAAGCAAUGGAUUUGUUAGAAAUGUUCAUUACGAGAAUCUCACUAUGGUUAAUGCCGAAAACCCUAUUAUCAUUGACCAGAAUUAUUGCCCCAGCAAUCAAAAUUGUCCCAAUCAGUCGUCCGGUGUAAAGAUUAGCGGCGUGACAUAUAAAGAUAUACAUGGAACAUCGGCGACGGAAACCGGAGUGAACUUGAAGUGCAGUAAAUCGGAGCCAUGCACCGGAAUUGCACUAGAUAAAAUAAAGCUAAACUACAAGAAUAAAACAGUUGAUGUUGUAUGUGGAAACACCGUUCAGAAUAUGGAUGGAGUAAUCAAGCCAUUGAGAUGCCUUUCAUGA